CGACCCUACAAGCCAUCACAUAUCGGAGCUCUCAAAAAAAAAAUUGAAUAAUAUACAUCACAAUAAAAUGGACAAUGCAGCGGUUGAGCACUACAAACGCGUUAAGGCCGAGCUGGAAAAUGAAAAGCUGCUGACGUUCGAGGACCUUUGCCGUUCAAGCGAUGCAUCGCCGAUAGUUUUGGCCAAGAGCAUCAGAGCCUUGGUGAAGGAGCGAUCCCAAAUGAAGGCAAAGGAACUGGCCGAAGUCUUUCAUAACAUGAGUCUCACCGAAGACAGUGAGGAUGACGAUGUGGAAGUCCUGGACUUGGAGCAACUGGUCGUCAGCACUAGAAUCCAUCCAUUGCUCCUUCAACUCAGCUUGGACUCCAUUCACCAAACGUUGGGACCAAAAUAAUUCCUUGUUUAAUGUUUAUUUUUCAGUUUCGAAUACGUAAAAGUUGUUUAAAUAGCAAAA